UCAAAGAGACACUGAACCGAACUCUUUUGCAAUGCCCCUCAACACAUGCGAAUACCAGCUGCUGUUUCUGCUCUGCUUUCUGAUAAAAAGCUGCCAUGCUUUCAAAAAUGAUGGUACUGAAGAGUUUAAUGGGCACAUGGGCGCAUCAUCUCACCAGACUCCAAAUAAUGCCUCCUCAAAUCGAGCGCGCAACGGAGGAAGACGAACGGAGAGCCGAGACCAAACCGAACAGCACCAGGUCGGUUGCAGGGAGCUGAGGUCCACUAAAUAUAUAUCUGACGGCCAGUGCACUAGCUUGAAUCCCGUUAAGGAGUUAGUGUGUGCUGGAGAAUGUCUACCCACACACCUGCUGCCCAACUGGAUCGGUGGAGAUCACUACUGGAGCAGACGGGACGCCCAGGAGUGGCGCUGUGUCACUGAACGCACACGCAUCCAGCGCAUUAAACUCCAGUGCCAGGACGGCAGCACACGCACCUACAAGAUCACCGCCGUCACAUCCUGCACCUGCAAGAGAUACACGCGCCAAAACAACGAGUCCUCUCACGCACCUCAGAGUCCCUCAAAGGAUCAUCCACUGCAGAACCCCAAGAAGAAAAAAACCAAAAAUAAAAACUCAAAGCUUAAUUCUAAAAAUGAAUAGAUAUGAGAACCUC